AUGUCGGACAGAACUUUGCAGGCAAUUAAGUUUUCGAAAGAAAACGUCACUCUCGACAUCUUGGACCAAUUGCAGCUACCCUAUUCCACAGUUUUUAUUCCUAUCAAGAGUAUUCAAGAUGCAUUUGAUGCUAUCAAGUCCAUGCAAGUAAGAGGCGCUCCUGCUAUCGCCAUUGUGGGCGCAUUUGCAAUCACUGUUGAUACAUUUAACAAUUUGAAAGCUGGCAUCUCCAAGUCCGUUAGUGAAUUGCUUCAAUCGAUUGAUUAUUUGGUAACAUCUAGGCCUACUGCAGUUAACCUUUCCAAUGCAUGCGAGGAGAUUAAAUCUUUAAUCAAUGAAAAAUUCGAGUUGCAGCUGAUUGUUGAUCAGGAAGUUUAUGAGGUUUUGUUCGAGUACUCUGUUGCUUUACACGAAGAUGAUUUAGCAAACAACUACAAAAUCGGUUCAAACGGCUUGAACUACAUAAUUGAAACAUUGAGAGCACAACAAUUUACUGGUCCUUUCUCUAUCAUGACAGUCUGUAACACGGGUUCUUUGGCCACUUCGGGACAUGGAACAGCCCUUGGAAUUAUCAGGACAGUUCAUGAACAAUUGUCAAAGCUGAAAACCAAGGAGAGCUUUUGGUUUGAAACUGCUUAUCCACUUGAAACGAGACCAUACAAUCAGGGCGCAAAACUCACCACAUAUGAGUUGCAGUACGAGAAUAUCCCAUUUACUAUGAUUUGCGAUAAUAUGGUCACUUCUCUUAUCUCAACACUUCGUAAAGGUGAAAAGGUGAAAGACGUUUGUGCCCCUGUCAAAUUCAUCAUUGCUGGCGCAGAUCGUGUUGUCAAGAAUGGUGACUCUGCAAACAAGAUUGGUACUUUCCAAUUAGCAGCAAUUGCCAAUUACUUUAACACCACUUCUGCGUCAGAGAAAGAGCAUAUUAAAUUUAUUAUUGCAGCUCCCAAUACAACCAUUGAUCGUCAAACACCUUGUGGAGAUCAAAUUGUGAUUGAAGAAAGACCCUCAAAUGAACUCACUACCUUAAAGGGCCCUGUUUUGACUUCCGACGGAAGUGUGGGCGAAAAGAUGACCGUUGGAGUCGCAACUCCGGGUAUUCAGGUCUGGAAUCCGGCAUUUGAUGUUGCCCCACACCAAUUGAUUGACUGUAUUGUGACAGAGGAGCGUGCUAUUGAAAAGAUUAAUAAUGAAUUUACUCUCUAG